UCAACAAACCCACGUGACCGCAAGAAGCGGAAGUCCGCUGAGAGAGGAAAGGAUCAUGUGAAAACAAUCACCGCAACAGCUCUGUCCUCACUCCGGGGUUCGUCUCUGCCGCGGCGCCAUGUCUCUCAGGGAGGUGUUGGUGUGUGUGAAGCUGCUCCUUCUCCUCCACGUCGUCGCUGAGCUGCGGAGCGACGAGCCGCAGCGGUGGCCUGUCCCCUACAGGCGCUUUGACCGACGACCUCCUGUGGACCCCUACUGCGAAGCUUUCUACCCGUUCUGCCCCACCGGAGACCGCGACGGACGCAUUCCCCGCAUGAGGGACAGCGACGUGGUCUCUGUUUACAGGCUGCAGACGCCCGUGUGGGAGUUCAAGUACGGAGAUGCGCUGGGGAAGUUCCACAUCAUGCACGACGCCGUGGGCUUCAGCAGCCUGGAGACCGGAGCCAACUACACCAUGGAGUGGUACGAGCUCUUCCAGCUGGGCAACUGCACCUUCCCUCACCUGAGGCCGGACGUGUUCGCGCCCUUCUGGUGCAACCAGGGAGCCGCCUGCUUCUUCGACGGCAUCGACGACCUGCACUGGUCGCAGAACGGCACCCUGGAGAAAAUCGGAGAAGUCACAGGGACUCAGUUCAACGCCAUGGCCCAGUGGGUGCAGGAGGACAACCGGACCGGCAUCUACUACGAGACCUGGACCGCUCGCUCUGACCCCGGCCCAAACGCCACGGUGUGGUUCGAGUCGUACGACUGCUCCCAGUUCGUCCACCGCACGUACAGGAAGCUGGCCCAGCUGGGAGCCAAGCUGUCCAGCCGCUCGCAGACCAACUACACCAAGAUCUACCUGUACAGCGGAGAGCCCAGCUACCUGGGCAACGACAGCGCCAUCUUCGGCCAGCCCGCGCUGAAAAACCUCGCCCUGGACAUCCGGCGCUUUUACCACCCGUUCAGGCCGCACCAGUCGAUCUUCGACCUCGCCUUCAGCCUGCUGGAAGCCUACGAGGAGGUUGUGAUGGACAAGAGCUUCUACCUCUACUACAACUUCGAGUACUGGCACCUGCCCAUGAAACCUCCAUAUGUGCAGAUCACGUACGAAGAGGUGCCUUUGCCCUAAAAAACCAGCCUCUACACUUACAUUGUUUUUGUUAUUUCGUUUUUAUUUUAAAGUGACAGCUAGUCCGGUGAGCACUUGUUUAUUUUAAUGAUGGGUUGGUUAUUUAGUUUUAACACUGCUACACCUUCACUUGCCUGCAGAAAGGACACAAAUGCUCCAGAAAGCAAAUCUUUUUAAGAUUUUUGUCACGGGUGGAGGAUCCUUUUCUGACCACUGGGUGGCGACACUGUUAAAAAAAAGAACCAGAUAAAUGAGGCUCAGAGCUGCAACAGUUCUAGUUUUCAUAAUCUUCAAUGUUGUUGGGCAGUUCCUACACAGUAUUGUUGUUUUUUUUCUAAAUAAUACUGUAUGGUGAUCGGAUAAUCUAAGAAGAUUUUAAUUUGUAACAUAAAUAAGCUUUAUUGAUCUCACAUUGGAGAAAUUCACAAUACGGUACAACACAGAAGCCUCUUUGUCGCGCUUCUAAAUGGGAAAGAUAAAGGAACAUUAAUGUUUCCAAUAAAUACAGUAAUAUUUUAAAUUUUACUAGCACGUU